AUGGCUGAUAUUCUAUGGAGUAGUUUUGAUGUUAACGGUAUAUCAACAUUCAUGGGUUCAGAUCCAUAUCAUCCUUAUGCAAAAUUAUUUCGUAUAAGUUCAAACAAAGUAACAAAAGCCUCACCUGAAGUUGAUAGUCGAUCACUUACUGUUCAAGCAAAUGAUGAACGUCGAUCAGGAUCAAAUGAAAUUCUGCAAGCCAAAAAAAGCUUGACAAGAUACAGAUCGUGGCCCAUAUCAUUGCCCUAUAAAUAUUUAUAG